UGUACCUAGUUGUGUAGCAUCUACCUAUUAAAGACUAAUCUUUAAUAUAAUUGCUUAUUUCCAUUACAGAUGGAGAAUGUUUCCAAUAUGUUUGUGUUCACUCUCUCUGGAUUAAAUAUGACAAUGGAGGAAAGAUAUGCAUUAUUUUCCUUGACUAUAUUGAUUUAUCAGUUUAUCUUGUUGUGUAACAUUACAAUAAUUUUUUGCAUUGCAUCAGAUAAGCAGCUUCAUGAGCCUAUGUACAUAUUUUUGUGUAAUUUGUGUAUAAAUACACUAUAUGGCACUUCUGGCUUCUACCCUAAAUUCAUGUAUGACUUACUGUCCCCAUUUCAUGUUAUUUCAUAUGCAGGAUGUCUUACUCAGGUUUUUGUUAUUUAUUCUUCUGCUUUGUGUGAUUUUUCAACUUUAACAGUAAUGGCCUAUGACAGGUAUGUUGCAAUAUGUAAACCAUUAGAGUACCAUUCAGAAAUGACAAAUCAAAAAAUUGUCAAAUGUAUAAUUUUUUGUUGGCUUCCACCAAUUAUUUGCAUGUCUGUUGUAGUCAUAUUAGCAUCAAGACUGACCUUAUGUGGCUCAACUAUUGAAAAGAUUUAUUGUGAAACCUGGGCAGUUGCUAAACUGGCCUGUUCCACUACAACAGUAAAUAAUGUAAUUGGAUACAUAGUUAUAUUAACAUAUUUUGGACAUGCAGUACUGAUUACAUUCUCAUAUAUUCACUUGAUUAAAAAUUGCAGGAAGUCAAAGGAGAGCACAUAUAAAUUCAUGCAGACUUGUGUGCCACACUUAGUGGCACUGUUGAACAUCACCAUUGCAUUAUUGUUUGAUGUCUUUUACAGUCGAUAUGGUUCAAAUUCAUUGCCUCAAUCUUUGCGAAAUUUCAUGGCACUGGAUGUCCUCUUUAUACCCCCCAUUUUAAAUCCCCUUAUCUAUGGAUUAAAAUUGACUAAAAUACGGAAGCAAGUAAUGAGAUUGUUCCUGAGAGACAGCUGUUUAAAAUGGAAAUAGUUUUGUUAUCAUGGAAUAUUUGAGCAUGCCUUGUUAUUACUGUAUCUCCAAUUAAACUGUUAUAUGUCUGAAUUCUAUAAUAUUUAUACAUAGACCAUUUAUCUGAAUUUAUCUGAGCCAAAAGGCCAAUCCAUCAAGUGCUUGUGUUUUAUGUAGAUAAAUUACCAUGAAUGUUUUACUUGAUCAA